AUGUUUUUAUUGCAUCAAGAGGUUAUAGUCAUUUUAAGGUUACAAUCAGUUAUUUUUAUUUAAUCUGAAAUGGAACAAAAUUCUACUGUUUCUUUUAUAAGUACUCCUGGCUUUUGUUCUGAUUGUGGAUCAAUUUUACCAUUGUUAGGUGAUAAAGGAAAUGUAACAUGUUAUGCUUGCAAAAGGGUAUGGGGUCCUGAAGCUUUUGGAGAUAUGUCAAUGUCUUAUACUAUUCAUUUUAAUAAAACAAAUGUUUAUGCUCUAUCAAAACAAAAUGACGAAAAAGAAGAAGCAGAAGGACCAAUUGUUGAAAGAAAAUGUCCUCAAUGUCAAAAUGAUAAAAUGUCAUACGCUACAUUGCAAUUGAGAUCAGCAGAUGAAGGACAAACAGUAUUUUAUACAUGUACUAAGUGCAAAUUUAAAGAGACAGAGAAUUCAUAAUAUAAAUUUUUAUUGUACAUUUUAAUUUGUACAUUCCUUAUUUAAUUGAUUGGUAAAUAAUCAUCAAAACAUAACACUCUGUGUUAAUAAAACAUAGAACUUUAUUCAUAAUACACUUAACAAAUAUCAAUGAAUAGAUAAUAAUAAUAA